CUAAGACAGAAGAGCCACAAAAAAUCACAGAGACCGAGUGGCAGAAGAAGACAGACGAGCAGACAUCCUCCCCAGGUGACUGAGCUCCUCCGCUCCCUCCGUUCUGUCAGCGAGGGACGUCUGGAGCCGCCGAGACAGCAGCCCACGGUGCUGUCCCGUUUGUUCCCCCCCCCACCAGCAUCCCCCACACUCAGGCACCAGCAGCCCCACCUUAAACCAGCUCAGGUCAGCGUCCCAUCGCCUCCCGCCCAGCACAAAUGGCUCCCACCCUCGCCACAGCCUUCAGCCGCCGCUGGUGGAUGGCCGUCACAGCGGUCAUUGAAAACCUGCUCUUCUCUGCUGUGCUGCUCGGCUGGUCGUCGCUGCUCAUCAUGCUGAAGUCUGAAGGCUUCUACUCCUACCUGUGCCAAGCACAAGAAAACAGCUCCAGCCUCAACAUCUCCAACUCAUCCGUGUCGGAGGCCGGCGGCGAGGAAGAGGAGUUCCUGCUGAUGAAUAACUGGCCCAUCUGCAAGGACCAGGACGAGAUGCUGAAUCUGGCCUUCACCGUGGGCUCCUUCCUGCUGUCGGCCAUCACUCUGCCCCUGGGCAUCGUCAUGGACAAGUACGGGCCGCGUAAGCUGAGGCUUCUGGGAAGCGCCUGCUUCGCCUUCUCCUGCCUCCUAAUUGCUUACGGUGCCAGCGAUCCUACCAAUCUUUCCAUCCUGAUCUUCUUUGCCCUGGCGAUGAAUGGCUUUGGAGGCAUGUGUAUGACCUUCACCUCUCUGACGCUUCCCAGCAUGUUUGGAGACCUGAGGUCGACCUUCAUCGCCUUAAUGAUCGGCUCCUAUGCUUCCUCGGCCGUCACGUUCCCUGGCAUUAAGGUCAUUUAUGAUCUGGGAGCCGCCUUCAUCUCCAUCCUGCUGGUUUGGGCCGGCUGCGCCUGCCUUGUCUUCCUCAACUGCUUCAUCAACUGGCCUCUGGAGCCCUUCCCAGGUCCAGAGGACAUGGACUUCACGGUGAAGAUCAAGUUCAGCUGGCUGGGUUUUGACCACAAGAUCACCGGGAAGCAGUUCUAUCGGCAGGUGACCACGGUGGGCCGCCGUCUCAGCGUGGGCAACGCCAUAAAGCAGCCGCAGCAGCCGUCCAACGACCUGUCAGCGCAGGACGCCAACAAGCUGUGCCUGUCCACCGUCGACCUGGAGGUGAACUGCAAGGGCAGUGAAGAGUCCCAGUCCUUCAUGAAGAGCAUCUUCAGCCCCAUCUUCCUGCUGAGCCUCAUCACCAUGUGCGUUACUCAGCUGCGACUCAUCUUCUACAUGGGAGCCAUGAACACCAUCCUGGAGUCGCUCACAGGCGGAGACCUGAACACGGUGGAAAGGAUGCAAGUGGUGAGUGUGUACACGUCCAUCUUUGGCGUCCUCCAGCUUCUGUGCCUGGUCACCUCUCCUAUGAUUGGCUACGUCAUGGACUGGAAGCUCAAAGACUGCGAGGAUGAGAAUGACAAGACUGCCAAAAGUGAGCCCGGUCAGCCCCGGCGCCCAACCAAAAAGAUCCAGAAGAUCGUCAACGCUACCAGAGCCUUCAUCUUCACCAACCUGCUGCUGGUCGGCUUCGGGGUCACCUGCAUCAUACCAAACCUGCCGAUUCAGAUCCUGUCCUUCAUCCUUCACACAAUAGUCAGAGGCUUCAUCCACUCGGCUGUCGGAGGCCUGUAUGCGGCUGUGUACCCCUCCUCUCAGUUUGGCAGCCUGACCGGAAUGCAGUCCCUGAUCAGCGCUCUCUUUGCUCUGCUGCAGCAGCCUCUCUUCAUGGCUAUGGUGGGACCCCUGGAGGGAGACCCUCUAUGGGUGAACGUGGGUCUGCUGGUGCUGAGCAUGCUGGGAUUCUGCCUGCCCAUCUACCUGCUGCGUCACAGCCGCCACCUCCAGCGCCUCCGAGACGAGCGCGAGGACGACCCCAAGGUCUACGUCAAGAUGACGAGCGGCGGCGCGCCUGAGGCCAGUGUGUAGGGACGGGGCGAAGACGCGUCCUCGUUCCAGAGGUCAACAAGCUACGGCACAGAGAGGAAGAGGAGGAGGUCGGUUCUUUGCCCGACCCGUGUGAUGAACCUGUACACAAACACAUCUUCUACACCCGCACAGGAAUGCUGAACUGUUAAUUCUGCACGCGUGAACACUGUGACGACUGGUUUCACCUUCUCUGAUGCUCCGUGACAGAAAAUCAACACAACGUCCUACUCCGUGGACUCCUUACCUCUCCCUUAACCGCCCCCUCCUCCUCGCCCCUGCCAUUCUGUAUUCAUUGUUUCACCUGACAGAAGCACAGGAGAAGGUGGUGCUGAUGGUAAUCAACAGUGUGGAUCUUCUUGGUCCUACAUUUAACCAGCAGGGGGCAGUGGUGCUGCGUGCCCGCUCACUCGCUCAGAGAAACACAAACGCAGAAGUUGGAGCCGCAUGUUCUUCCCUGUCAUCUCCACUUCCUCCUGUUGGACUCAGCAGAGACCCACAAUGCAACAGCUUUGGGACCCAUCACACUGAUAAGUCCCUGAGGAAACACGGCAGCGUCAGUGUGCGCCUUAGAUUGUUGGUGCAUGAUCCCAGCGACAGUGUCGAUCCUUAGUUUUAUGUAUUACUUCAUCACCAGAGAAGAAAAACCACAAGGCUGUUUUCUCUCCUUACGUUUGAAAAAACCUGAGAGAUCUUGUGUUAGUUUAGAAGUUGGUCUCCGCUGCGAUGUUAAAUCACGACCCAGUGAUGCGAAGGAACGCUUAGAGCAGGUGGAAAGAACAAGGACAGCGCGUUUUUAAAGGUUGGAGUGGUGUCUGUGUGUGUUCAUCUCAGCAAUAAGUAUUUGUGUGCAGUGCUGGGCACUGGACAUUCACCCACGUGUGUGUUGAUUUCCUCAAGUCUAUUCCUACACUAUGGAAGGUGCUAGUUAGAAUACCAGAAGUGUGUUUGCAUCUCGAUUCAGGGCGCAGCCGAGGCGGUCCUGCUGCAAACAAACAAAUCAAACCUCCCACUUUUUUUUCCAUCCCAAGUUGGAUUCCAAAGAGUCAGUGUAGCUACAGUUUCACGUAGCUUUGCUUUGUUUUUCUUACGUGUUAUGUGGCGUUCCCACAAUAUAAAACAUGGUGUGCAGUCCUAUCAGCAGCAGCAACUCAGGGAAACUUGACUUCACCUCAUACACCCGGGAACGGCUCUUUGCUUGGUGGGAACUUGGCACGGGCCGGCAUUAGGUUCUCCUACUGUGGCCGCAUUGAGUAAAAACCCCACAAUUUCACAGUAUUUGCACAAACAUUUAAGAUAAAACUGUAUUACGUGGCCUGAUUACUUCGUCUUGAUUACUGUUAUUGUAGAUGUAAAAGCCACAAGUAUUUCUCAGAAUCAAACACAAUAUUAUACAUCGAUUAAUAGAGCUAUAACAAAGUAAUCUAUUUACAAUUAUUGUUAUCUUGAUACAGCAAAGAUGUUGAAUACACCAACUAAAUCUACUUAGAAGCAAACCUUCCCUGUUGCCCAGAAUAAUAGUGUUUUUUUUUUUGUCUUUCUGCUCUUGAAGGAUGUCAGCUAACACACCAGCUGAUACUGGCUGGUGUGUUAGCUGGGCCAUCGCCUCAGGUAGCCAGCCUGCAGUCAGCUGCUGCACAGACAUGCUGCUGGUAGCUCCCUAACUAGAUUUAAAACAGAGUUACCAUCAUAGGAGUGUGUGGCGGUGCUCCUUAAGUUUCCAUUCCAUCACUGUCUGUGUUUAUUUGCAAUAGGAAAUGUUUCCAAGCUGCCAAAAUCAUCUCUCUAAUAAUAAUCAAGGUAGCAGUUUUCUUUCAGCCAGGUGACCGGCAGUGUGCAGCAACAGCUGAAGGCUCCAUCCACUAUUGGAAAAAACAAAAACAAAAAAAAAAACAGUAGCUUCUCAUUAAAAGGACUUUAAAACCUUUAAAUGAACAACACGAGGAAGGAUUUUUAACAGUUUAACAUCUCAGGUACGCCUCGGUAACAGUACCUGGCCUCUGAGCGAAGGAGGAAACCAAUAAUGAUUCAUUGUUCCAGCUUCUCAGAGGAAAACGGCUGAGAGUAAGAAGGCUAAACCCAGACAAGAAAGAGUCUUUUGUCUUUCAGCGAGCGAUCCAGAACAGAAGCCUGGUGUGUUGACAGUGAAGCAAUGGAGAUGGUUAUUCAGUGGGCCGCCUCUGGACGGCCCUCUUCCCUUCCGUCGGUAAAGCUGUCUGAUAAUCCCUGUCAGCCCCCCUGUCUGCAAACAGCUUCAAUCGUUUACAGGUAACCGAACUGAGAGACGAUACUCUGCUGCCUUCACAUGCUCCCAGCGACAGACGUUCGAUGAGGAUUAGAAAAGCACACAAUGCACUUUAAAAUGUCUAAAGAUUGACUUUCUUUGCAUAUUUUUGCACAGCCUGUUGUCGCCGUACGCGACACUCGGCUGCUCACUGAUGGUGCACAACGGAAAGAAUGUAGACCCGGGCCUUUGGAUGUAGAUUUGUUCUCAUUCUGGAAGCUGGAAGAUGUUUUUUUUAUUUUUGUAUGAUCAGAAAAAAAGAAAAAAAGCAAGAAGAGUUGCUUCACAUGUUUUGCCUUUCUUCACACAGAGGGUGCAGCAGAGUCUUGUCUCUCAGUUCACAAACGGUCAGAAUGUAUUCACAUAUGAAAAGAAUUGCACAGUCAUUACUAAGAAUCAGAGAUUUUAAAAUGAAAUGAUGAGUUUCUCCCUCCCUCGCCUCUCUAAUGUGAGGCUCCGCUUCUCCUUCAUAGAAAUGGAUUUGCCAAUGAAAGGACCUGGGGUCUUUCUGAAAAAGAGGCUCAGAUUCAAGAGACGGGGAUCUGUGUUAACGUUGAUUUUGGUUUUUAUUAGCCUGCUCUGUUUCUGAGCUCCCUCAGAAAUCUUCUAUUGGCAUUAUUUACAGGACAGCUGUCUGGCAUUGUUGACCGAUGUGAGACGUGAGCCUGUACUGAACAAGUGAUGAGAACAUGGGAACUGAGUUACUGACUUCCUUAGAGGACUCGCCGUGUCCUCACCGCGUCCUCACCGCGUCCUCACCGCGUCCUCGUCAUCUCCUAACCCUGUCCUCUCCUUCCCCGCCAAACCCCAAGCCCUCCAGGUUAGGGACUCUAGCCCACUGUGGUGUAAUGUUGCUCGUUUCAGUGGAUCGUUUUGUCUCCUGAUGAUACAUUUUGGGUGUUAGCUUUUAGUAGUUGUCCAGCUACGUGUGAUGCUUAAAAGUGGGAAUAUGAGAUGAAAUGCAUAACCUUUUUUUUUUCUUCACUUGAUAUUUUGCAUUUUUUUUCUAUCAUGUCUAAACUUCUUUACUCUGUUUUUUUUUUUUUUUCCUUUCUGUGUUUACAAGAAUGUGCAUUUCCAUGAUAUUUUUACCUUGUAUUCUGUUUGGCGUUUUUGUCUUCACCACAGAAUAACUGUCAUCGACGACUUUUCAUGAUAUGCUCUUUUAAUUGAAAGUUGAAAAAGUUUGAAUAUAUGAACUGAAAUAAACACAAUCAUUUGUA